GCGCGCUACUCUCGAGGAGCGCGUCGAGGGUCCGGACGCAGAGACGCACGGGAGUCGCCGCCCAGCACGCAUCCAGCUGACUCCCAACACUUUAUUGAUUUAUACCUUCAUCUUUUUUUUGGGGGGGGGGGGGGGGGGGAGAAAACACAUCUGCCUUUCAACACGCCCGGAUCAAAUCCGUCGCUAUGUGGCUCCAUGGACUUCUCCUGUGUUUUGCAGUAACAGGUAUUGUUUCCGCGCAGCCCGACAGCUCUGGACUGUUUUACGCGCUGAGAUCCGAACUGUCGGAAGACGCGAUCUUGGUGGCCAACAGCGGGAUACGCGUGCCUUUCGGGAGGUCGGUCCCCGUCGAUCCCAUCAACGACCUGGUGAUUCAGACGCGGCCGGGGGACCGCUGCAGCAUCACCGUGCUGGAUAACGACCCGCUCUCACAGAGACCGGGGCAUCUCUCUCCCAAAAAGUUUCCGUGUGAUUUCGGCCCCAACGAUGUGACGUACGUGCACUACGGAUCGAGGAGUCCGGCUAAAGACAGAGUGAGGCUGCAGCUCAGGUAUGAUGCGCAAGCCGAAACCGUUAUUAUCCCCUUCAUGAUGGAGGUUGAAGUGGUUUUCACUCAGCUAGAAUUACUCACCAAAAACAUGCCUCUCACCGUUGAUCGGCUCAAAGCCACCAGUAACCCCAUUGAUAAGAAGAUUUUAGAGUUUACUUAUAGUCGAGAUUCUCACAAAUGUGAGGUGGCAUCCCUGACCGGUGGCAGCCCUCUGCCCCGAUAUGGACGACUCAUCGACGGGGGGAAACUUUCCAAAAUGAUGGACUGUGAUGAAUUCACAAAAGCUGACAUCCGCUAUGAACACACGUUCGACCGCAAGUCUCCCAAUAGGGACUACGUUCCCAUGGUCGUGGAGCUGCAUGAUAAGGAAGGCAACCUGGUGAAACAGGAGUAUUUCCAUCUUAUGAUUCGCAUCAAAGCCGGGGAAGCAAACACCUCCCCCAGACCCAGCUUUGUGUCCAUGAUGAUGAUGGAGAUCAGCCAGUUCGUCAUGACCGCCCUCACGCCCGAUAUGCUCUCUGCUGAAGAUACUGAGUCAGACCCAGAUGAGCUCAUCUUCAACCUCACCUCUCCCUUAUCUUACGAGGAGGGCUACAUAGUCAGCACCGAUGACAGGAACCUCCCCAUCACCUCAUUUUACCAGAGAGACUUGCGCGAUUUGAAAAUCGCCUACAAGCCCCCCGCCUUGGACUCGGACACUGAGAGGAUUUUCCAGCUGGAGUUUGAGGUGGUGGACACAGACGGGGCCGUGUCAGACCCCUUUGCUUUUAUGAUAGUCGUGAAGCCCAUGAACUCUUUGGCCCCUGUUGUGACGCGCAACACGGGCCAGCUGCUGUACGAGGGGCAGUCUCGGCCCCUCUUCAGCGCGCACAACUUGGAGAUCAGCGACGAAGACAACCUGGACACGGUCACCGUCACAGUGGUGGAUGGUCUGCGCCACGGGGACCUCAUGGUGCUGGGCUCUCACAGGAAACUCUUCACCCCUGCUGACCUCGCGGCAGGGGUCGUGGUGUACCAGCACGACGGGAGCGACACGUACAGCGACAACAUUGUUUUCAAGAUGUCGGAUGGAAAAAACGAAGUAGAAUUCCUGUUUCCCAUUACAAUCGUUCCUACUGACGACGAGCCGCCAAUUAUAAAUGCCAACACCGGCCUGGUUGUUUUCAAAAACCAGAUGAUGGCUAUUUCUCCCCUCAUGCUCAGCGCCGCCGAUAUCGACUCUGAGGAUUCAACUAUUAAAUUCACCGUUAUCAGUCCUUUUUCUACCAUAGGUGCAGUUCUCUUAAGACAGUCCGACGCCCCGGAGGACCCCUCCUCUUGGAAAUUCAACGCCGAGGAGGAAGUGUAUGAGAAGGAGGUGACAGAGUGGCUUCAGAAAGAUAUCACUGAUGGGAUGUUGUUUUACAAGCACACAGGCCCCCACAGCACAGAUACCAUCUUGGAUCAGUUUGUGUUCACAGUUCAGGAUGACAACGACCCCCCUAAUGAGUCAGGAGAGAGUGCAUUCAUAAUUCGGGUUUUACCCAUUGAUGACAUACCACCCGAACUGUUCCCUGGCACCACCCUGCAGAUGACCGUCGAGGAGUUCAAGCUCACACACUUCAGCAAAGAAGUUCUCCGCUACACUGAUUUGGACUCUGAGGACCGCGACCUUAAGUACACAGUUAUCCAGCCCCCCAUGGAUAUCGAUGAAAAUAACCCAGUUGCGUUUGGAUCUUUGAUUCUGACAGACAGCCCAGACACCGAAGUCACCGAGUUCACACAAGCUCAAAUCAACCACCAUAAGAUCUCUUACGGCCCCCCAGAUGUGGAGCUGGGAAUUACAGCCCACGUCGUGCAGUUUCGUUACACUGUCGAAGACACGGCUGGGAACAGCGUGGAAGGAGCCUUCACUGUUUACCUCCAGCCUGUCAACAACAAACCCCCUCAGAUUACCAACACAGGCUUUUCUGUGUUUGAACGUGGAGUUCACAUCAUCAGUAUUGCGGAGCUAGACGCCACAGACCUCGACACGGAGAGCAAACAGAUUACGUUCACUCUGAGUCAGCCCGCUAAAUAUGGCCAGGUCCAGGUGGCAUUCACUGAUCUAGAGAAGAAAGGGGUUUUCAGACUCGAGGAUAUCUCAGGGGGUAAGACUUCGUACAGUCAUGGUGGGGAGGAGACGCUGAGCGAUGAAUUUUUGCUGGAUGUCAGUGAUGGGUUUCAUGUUGUAACCGUGACGGUCAAAGUUAAUGUGAAGCCUGUCGAUGAUGAAACUCCAACCGUCAAGCUGCCUCCGGGGACAAUCGGCUCCCAUAUGGAUGUGCUGGAAAACAGAGCUUCAGAAAUCACAACAAAUGUCAUUCAAGGCCACGAUGACGACACGGAUGACCUCUUGCUGACCUUUAUUGUGGAAGGUCCUCCAGAACUAGGGGAAAUAUUGGUUAAAGGAGUGCCUGCCGCAAGUUUCACUCAGGCUGAUAUUAUUAAUGGUGUGGUUGUGUAUGCACACACCGGUGGGGAGAUAGGUCUCUCCUCUAAGCAGGAUGGCUUCAACUUGACUCUCACAGACAUGUCCGAUGAUUGGACAGUGGGUGGAAAUAGGGUCAAUGGGGUUCAUAUUCGAGUCACUGUCCUUCCUGUUGACAGUCAGGCCCCCGAGGUCGGGGUCGGGAUUCAAUUUAGCGUCAUCGAAGGGGAGAAAUACUCCAUUGGCACUCAGCACUUAAACGCUGAUGAUGAUGACACUCCAACGGAUGAUAUCCUUUGCACCAUCAUUGUCCAGCCCAGUGCCGGCUACGUGGAAAAUAUAUCACCUGCCCCCGGCUCGGAAAAGUCCAGGUCAGGAACAGCUAUCAGCGCCUUUACCAUCAGAGACAUCAGGGAGGGGAAUAUCCACUAUGUGCAGAGCAUUCACAAAAAAGCAGAGCCAGUGGAAGACAGGUUCACAUUUAGGUGCUCUGAUGGGAUCAAUUUCUCAGAGAACCAUUUUUUUCCGAUUGUUAUUAUCCCAUCUAAUGAUGAAAAGCCAGAGAUUUAUCUGCGAGAGAUAGUCCUGAUGGAGGGAAUGAACAUCGUCAUCGACACCCCAAUCCUGAAUGGGGCCGAUGCCGAUGAUCCGCCGGAGGAUCUGAUGUUCAUCAUUUCCAAACCUCCCAAACAUGGUGCCCUUUUAAACCAGCUCUCCACCGGGUCUGUUUUGGUAACUAAUUUCACUUUAGAGCAGAUUAGGGAGGCGUCAAGUAUAAUUUAUGAGCAUGACGACUCAGAGACAACAGAGGACAGCUUUGAUGUCACUUUGACUGAUGGAAAGUACUCUGUGCAGAAAACAGCCAUGGUCAUGAUCAUCCCUGUUGAUGACGAGACCCCCAGAAUGCUCAUCAACGACGGCCUGGAGGUUGAAAUUGGGGAGACCAAAGAGAUCAACAACAGAGUGCUCAAAGCAACAGAUCUAGAUUCAGAUGACAGUAGGCUCACAUAUAUCACCCGGUUCGGGCCUGGUCAGGGUCUCCUGCAGAGGAAAACACCGUCCGGGGCUCUGGAGAACAUCACGCUAGGCAUGAAUUUCACACAAUCCGACGUUGAUUCGGGGCUUAUACUUUACACACACAACGGUCAGGAGGGCAUCCGAGACUUGGUCAAAUUUGAUGUCACAGAUGGCGUGAACCCGCUAAUUGAUCGUUACUUCUACAUCACUGUGGGCAGUAUUGACAUGGUGUUCCCCAAUGUGGUCAGUAAAGGUGUGUCUCUGAGAGAAGGUGGCAGAGUGACUUUAACGACGGAUCUCCUCAGCACUACUGACCUCAACAGCCCUGAUGAGAAUUUAAUAUUUACUGUCACAAGGGCCCCUGUCAGGGGCCACUUAGAGUGUACAGAUACUCCCGGCAUGCCCAUUGGGGAUUUCACUCAGCUGCAGCUAGCUGGCAGCAAGAUUUACUACAUCCACACCUCAGACGAUGAGGUAAAAAUGGAUAGCUUUGAAUUUGAAGUCACUGACGGCUACAACCCCAUUUUCAGAACCUUCAGAAUCUCCAUUGUGGACGUCGAUAACAAGAAACCUGUUGUUACUGUAAAUAGUUUGCUUGUCACAGAGGGGCAGAUUAAGCUGAUUACACCAUUUGAGCUCACUGCAGAGGACCAGGACACAGCUGAGAGGCUGCUCAAAUUCUCUAUCACCCAGCUGCCUGUUCACGGCAAACUUCUUUACAAUCAGUCCACAGCCGUCAGCAGCUUCACCAAACAAGACCUUAAUGAAAACCUCAUCAGCUACAAACACGACGGAAGUGAAUCAUCAGAGGACUCCUUCUCUUUUACAGUAACAGAUGGCACUCACACUGACUUUUACGUAUUCCCCGAUACCGUGUUCGAGACUCGCCGCCCUCAAACCAUGAAGAUCACCGUCGCGUCCACUGACAUCGGCAUCCCCCAGAUCGUGGUGAAUAAAGGGGCCCCCGCUUUAAAGAUCUUGGCCACAGGGCAGCUGGGGUUCCCCAUCAGCUCCAAUGCGCUGAGAGCAGAGGACAGAGACAGCACGCUGGCCUCCCUGGUGUUCCACAUUACCACGCAGCCCAAGCAUGGUUACAUCGUUAACCUGGGACAAGGGAACAACUCCAUCAACACAUUUAGUCAAGCCGAUAUCAAUGACCUGAAUAUCUGCUACGUGUUACGGAAGGAGGAAAAUGCUACUUCUGAUCUCUUCCAUUUCUCCGUUGAGGAUGACGGUGGGAACAGGCUGAAGGGACAGCUGUUCCGUUUGGACUGGGCCUGGAUCUCCCUGGAGAAAGAUUACUACGUGGUGGACGAGGAGGACGCGUUCCUGGAGGUGGUGCUGAGGCGGAGAGGCUACCUGGGAGAGACGUCUUUCAUCGGCAUUGGCACCCAGGAUGGUAGUGCCAACAAGGACAAGGACUUCAAGGGCAAGUCCCAGAGGCAGGUCCAGUUCAACCCGGGACAGUCCAGAGCCACGUGGCGGGUUCGGAUACUGGCUGACGGGAAGUACGAGCGGGCAGAGACCUUCCAGAUUUUGCUGUCGGAGCCGGUGAUGGGGGUGAUGGAGUUCCCUGCUGCAGCAACAGUUGAGAUCCUGGAUCCUAGUGAUGAGUCAACGGUGUUCUUCCCUGAACAGAUCCACAGCGUGGAGGAAGACGUCGGCGAGCUUUUCAUCCCAGUGCACCGCAGCGGAGACAUCAGCCAGGAGCUCAUGGUGGUCUGCUUCACGCAGCAGGGUUCUGCCACGGGGACGAUUCCCACCACCGUUCUGUCUUACUCGGACUACAUCUCCCGUCUGGAGGAGCAUGUCAGCGUCCUUCGCUUUGACAGGGGUGAAAGGGAGAAGCAGUGUCGCGUCGUGAUCAUCGACGACUCUCUCUACGAGGGAGAGGAGAGCUUCAACGUCACCCUGUCGCUGCCGGUCGGGGGCCGUCUGGGGAUGCACCACCCCACCACCAAAGUCAAUAUCCUGGAGGACAUGGAUGAUGCUCCGGUGUUUUACUUUGGCGAGGUAAAGUAUCACGUGGAUGAGAGUGAUGGAUACGUGGAGGUUAAAGUGUGGAGGACAGGGAGCGACCUGUCCAACACCGGAACCGUCACCAUCCGCUCUCGUAAGGCCGAGCCCGUCUCUGCCGAAGCCGGUAUUGACUACGUGGGCAUCAGUCGUAACCUGGACUUCGCCCCGGGCGUCAGCAUGCAGACGUUCAGGGUCACGAUUCUGGACGACCUGGGUCAACCAGAGCUGGAGGGGACCGAGAGCUUUGAGCUGGUUCUUCGCAUGCCGGUGAACGGCAUCCUGGGAGAACCCGGGAAAGCCAAAGUUUUCAUCAACGACUCCGUGUCUGACUUACCGAGGGUGCAGUUCCGCCAGCCGGUGUACACCGGCGAGGAGAGUGACGGUCACAUCACAGCCACAGUGUACCGCAGCGGCGACAUCAGACACAAGUCCACGGCUCGCUGUUACACCCGCCAGAGCUCCGCGCAGGUCGCCUCCGACUUCGACGAGCGACCCAACACAGAAACCUCCAUCAUCACUUUCUUACCAGGCGAGACGGAGAAGCCAUGUGUUCUGUCUCUGGUUGAUGACACGCUGUACGAGGAGGGAGAAGAGCUGCGGUUGGUCUUGGGGGACCCGAGGAGCGACUCACCGUUUGGAGCAUCGGUGGGAGCUCUGAAUGAGACCCUGGUGAAAAUCAAGGACACAGCCGACAAACCCAUCAUUCGUUUUUUGGAGACCAAGCUCAGCGUGAGCGAACCGAAGGAAGCCGGCGCUGUGGCAGCAGUGAGGAUACCUGUGGUACGAGUGGGGGACACAUCGAAAGUGUCCGUGGUCCGUGUUCACACCAAAGACGGGUCAGCGAUCUCAGGAGAGGACUACUUCCCCGUGUCUCAAGACAUUGAGUUCAAAGAGGGCGAUAAGGAACACGCGGUGCAGGUGGAAGUGCUUUUUGAUGGUGUCCGGGAGAUGAGGGAAGCCUUUACGCUUCACCUUAAGCCUGAUGCAAACAUGGUGGCUGAAACUCAGGUAACUAAAAUGAUAGUUUACAUCGAGGAGACCAACAGCAUGGCCGACGUCACCUUCCCCUCGCUGCCUCACGUGGUGUCACUGCUUCAUUACGACGAUGCCGCCAGGACGCCAGGCAACCUCAGUCCACCGGCCGGCUACCCUGUCGUCUGUGUCACGGCUUGCAACACCAAAUACCCAGAAUACGACAAGACGGGUUCUAUCUGCGUGAGCGAGCACAUCAACAACACCUUGACCCGCUACCGCUGGCUCAUCAGUGCCCCGGCUGGCCCCGACGGCGUCACGAGUCCCAUGAGGGAGGUGGACUUUGACACCUUCUUCACGUCCUCCAAGACGAUCGCAUUGGACUCAGUCUACUUCCAGGCGGGCUCCAGGGUCCAGUGUGCUGCCAGAGCCGUUAAUUCCAACGGCGACGAGGGUUUAGAGCUCAGCAGCCCCAUCACCGCCAUCAGCCAGGAGGAAGGUAUGUGUCAACCACGCAAGAUGGGCACCGUUGGCGCCGAGCCUUUCUCUGCAAAGCUGCGCUACACUGGAGCCGAGGACCCGAAACACCCUAACCUCAUCAAAGUGACUGUCACCAUGCCUCAUAUAGACGGCAUGCUUCCGGUAAUCUCCACUCGCCCGCUCACCAACUUUGAACUGACUCUGAGCCCGGAUGGAACCCGGGUCGGAAACCACCGCUGCUCCAACUUGCUGGACUACGAUGAGGUCACCACAGGUCACAGCUUCAUCACCGCCUCGACGCGGAGCCCCGAGAGCGCGGGAGACGCGGCGCCCUAUCAGUUCAGCAGCCCUCUGCGCGGCAACGGCACGCUGCGCUUCUACCGGAACCUCAACCUGGAGGCCUGUCUCUGGGAGUUCACCAGCUACUACCACAUGUCCGAGCUGCUCACAGACUGCGGAGGCACCAUAGGGACUGAUGGACAGGUGCUGAAUCUGGUCCAGUCCUACGUGACUCUGCGUGUGCCUCUUUACGUGUCAUACGUGUUCCACUCUCCCGUGGGAGCCGGUGGCUGGCAGCACUUUGACCUGCAGUCAGAGCUUCGCCUGACUUUCGUGUACGACACGGCCAUUCUCUGGGCGGAGGGCAUCGGCAGCCCCCCGAAGGCCGAGUUGCAGGGUUCAUUGUAUCCAACAAGCAUGCGCAUCAAUGAACAGGGACGUUUGGUGGUGAAUUUCCGCACCAAGGCUCGUUUCAGGGGUCUGUUCGUGGAGUCUCAUUCUGGAGGCAGAAUAAAAAAAGCUGCAACCGUCACGACCUCCAUGGUGAUGAGCGUGGACCACCCCGGCCUGACCUUUAACCUCACCUUAGUGAGGAGUGAGCCGACCUACAACCAGCCAGUCCAGCAGUGGACCUUCACCUCGGACUUUGCUGUAAGAGACUACUCUGGAACCUUCACAGUAAAGCUGAUCCCCUGCACAACAGCCCAGAACAUGGAAUACACUCUCCCGCCUGUCUGCAGUCCCAGAGAACCAGUCACCUUCAAUCUAGACAUCAGAUUCCAGCAAGUGAGCGACCCGGUUGCGGUGGAAUUUAGUCUGAACACUCAGAUGUUCUUACUGACCAAGAGAAGCUUGUGGCUCUCUGAUGGCUCCAUGGGCUUUGGCCAGGAGACGGAUGUAGCGUUUUCUGAGGGCGAUCCGAUCUAUGGCCGUGUAAUGGUGGACCCUGUGCAGAACCUGGGGGACUCUUUCUUCUGUAGCAUAGAGAAGGUGUUCCUCUGCACCGGUGCUGAUGGAUACGUACCAAAGUACAACCCAAUAAAGUUUGAAUUUGGCUGCUUGGCCGACUCGCCAUCACUGCUCUUGAGAUUCAAGAUCCUUGACAAAGCUCAGCCAGAGACUCAGGCACGUGCGUUUGGUGGUGUCAGUUUUAAUGCGGCACUGGCAGUGGAUGAUCCAACAGCAAUGUCCCUGGUCAAGCAGCCCGGGUCCGAUGGCUUUAGGUUGGACUCUACAGCCAUGUUCCAGGUUGCCGCAGGCCGUGAGUGGUACAUUCACACUAUUUACACAGUCCGCUCCAAAGAGAAUGCUAACAGAGGAAUUGGAAAGCGCAGCCUGGAAUACCACUCCUUGGUUUCCCCAAGCAGUGACAUCGCCUUGACCCCGUCGCGCGGCAAAGGUCCUCGCUCCAGGAGGUCGGCCGGCCAGCAUGUCCCAGAGGUCGCUGACGAUAUCGGCGCAGACAGCAACCGCGGUACCAACAUCAUGCACAUCGCUUUGGACCGCACCAAGAGACAGGCAGGGGGGUCGAACGAGCUGUUCAACGGUGGGCUGGAACCUAGUGAGCGGAACGCGGGGCAAGAGGAAGAGGGUCUGGUGACUAUGGUGGGGACAGCGGUGGGGCUGCUGCUGACUGUCCUCAUUAUUGUCAUCGUCGUACUGGUGCUGAGAUCCAGACAGCAGGACGGGAAGGAGGGAUGGAGGGAGGGGGUGCAGGAGGUGGUGAAAGGGUCGGUCAGUACAGAGCCCAUGUUGGUGGUGAGGAUGCAGGAUUGCCACAACAGUUCAGAGGUCUGAGCAGCGGAUGCGGGGAUCCACAGAUGGACAAAGGGAUGAGGAGCACGUGAGGGUUUUAUACAAUUUGGGAUUUGUUGUUUGGUUUUUUAACUGCUAAUUAAUCGCUUUCACAACACCAAAAAUCUGAUAUUGAUCAUAUGUGGUAUUUGGAGUGAGUGUGUGUGUGUGUGUGUGUGUGUGUGUGUGUGUGUGUGUGUGUGUGUGUGUGUGUGUGUGUGUGUGUGUUUGCGCCUGUUAGUGGAGGAUUUAUACAGCAUUGGAUCCUUUACAAACCAUGUUCACUACAAUAGGGAACAGCAAAGAGUACAGUCCUACAGGGUGCUGUUGGGGAAUAUUUCAAUAAAACUAGUUCGGGAGAAGAGAAUGAUUUAUUUGAAUGUUUAUCUAAUAAAAAACAGUCUUGCUGAAUGAUCAAAGCUGCAAAAAGUCCAUUUAUUGCUUGCAAGCAGGAGGCCAAGGCAUCUCCGAGCAGUAAAAACGCUGAUUUUUCAUGCAUACAUGUGAAGGCCAUCCUAAAUGGCAGGUACGAGAAGUUGCAAACCAAGUUGAGAUAAGAACCAAGGUUAAGAUGGGGGUAACACACACAGUCCCUUUGUUCGAGCGCCUGUGGGAGAGCCUUCUCCUAGACACAGCUGCAUAUGGAAACCUUAAGUCUUUCUGCUUUUGCACAUCACUUCAAUACAGACAAUAAUCACUCUUUUAGCAUAAGAUUUUUUUUACCAUCACAGUGUCUUGGCCCAACAUUCCACUUCAUGCUGUUACUAGCAUGGUAUUUCAUUUCUCACUGACAAGCUUUGGGGUGUAAAUGUUGCUGAAGCCGCUACAUCCCUUCUGCAGAAUCACAGCCACUCAAAGCACUUUCCUUGUGAAGCUGGUGUCUCGCAGGCCAAUCCAGAGAUUUAGUGCUGUAGGUUUACCUCGCAUAAAGGGGACUAGAUGAUGUGAAUGCUCAUAUUGAAAGGAAUAGUUUACCUUAAAAAAGAAAACUCGGAUAUUAUUCACUGCCCCUAGUUCAUUUAAAACUUUGUGUUUAUGAGUUUCUACUCAGAAGGGAUACAUAAGUGAUCUCUGCACACUUCCUGCAGUAUUUGUUUAGCAUCUUAACAACUCUGUUGAUGCAAAAGUCCAAUAUAGACACUAUAAUCUCACUUACUGUCCUUAAAGUUGUCAUAAAGUUCCUCAAUUUCCAUAUGAUAAUAUAAUGUAUGAAAAUACCGGGGAUUAAAAAGGGAUUAGGUAUGAAAUAUUUAAGACUAAGUUGUGUAUAUCAUGCCUUCUAGGGGGAACUAUCCCUUUAGGACAAACCUUUGGUCAUAAAAUAUUUGGGGACACAGUCGUUCUAAAUAACAAAGUUGCCACCACCUGUUUCAUAUCUGUGAACUAAACCUACAGAAAUAUUUUACCGUAGAGUGACACCACUGCAGUAAGAAUUCAUGUGUAUUAACCAGCUAAUAUCAUUUUCCCUCAUUCUUUCUUACAAUUCGAUGUUAGAUGUAAUUAGCAUUUCCGAUGCUGCUCAGUUGGGUCAUUCCCACUAUUUCUACUCUUGGGAAAACUUGGUUAUUUACUGCGUCAUAUGUUUACAGUUCAUCACUGCUUUGAUACCACAAUGUUUACUGCCAUCCAUCCCGCUGUUCCACUGUGUAUGUCUGUGAAAUUGUCAUAUUCGUUCUAAAUAUUUUGAGUGAAAUGUUUUUUUAGAGAGCACUGGUUACAGUAUGAGACACUCAUCUCAGGAGUUAUUUCUUGUACAACAAUGGGCCAUUUCACAAUCUACUACUGUUGGGUGAAGAAAAUAUCUAGUGAGCCACUUCUGUGUUACACUGCUAAUGACUGUGGUGCUGUGAACAUGCAAAUACUUUGUUCAUAUCCAAUGUUUUGACCCCUAUUCUUCUCACAUUAUGUUCUUGUAAGCUUUGUUUGUCACUCUUACAGUGUGUGGGAAUUAGUGUUCUGGGUAAUAUUUUGUAACAAAGGAUGCAAAAUAGCUGCUUACAAAUCAGUAAGUCUAGAAGAAAAAUAUUACAUUUGAGGCAUUUUAUAUAAUCUGCUGUCUCGUUAUUUUGUCAAUAUCACUGGUGAACUUUCUUGUUUAUAUGUGUUGUUAGACCUGUGUCUUACUCUUCUAUGGAUAUACAACAUGGUGGGAUUAAUGUUUCUAAAUAUUUGUCUUAUUAUGGUGUUGUCAUCAUUGUAUAUUUAUUUCCAAUAUUUAUCAGGGAUAGCCAAUGUGAUAGACAUGAGCUGCAGAUCCGAUGAUAAUUGGUGAUGGGUGUGAUGGUUUAUACACGUAAUAGUGUGCUGGGACACUGCUGCGAUUUUUUCCCCCCCGAUAAAUUUGGAAAUAAGACCAUAUAUCUGACAUCAAAUGCACUUUUUGAGUCACAUCCUUCACAUGCCAAUCCGAGCUAUGCAAUGUAAUGUAUAUUCCACAGCCAAUUACCCCCCAUGUAUAUGACAAUUUUAGAAGAAACAAUCAAACUUGAUAUUCAGUUUGUCUUUUUAAGAAUGGGUUUUUAUGUAUAUGUAUUUAAAAAUAAAUAUUGUUGCUUA